AGCAAACUGUUUGCGUUAAAGACAGCCCACAGAGAGCUUGGGAGAGAAGAGACCAUACCCAACAAGCUUAAUAUUACAGAAAUGGCCUCUGCUUCUCUCCUCAAGACCUCACCAGUUCUAGACAAGUCAGAAUGGGUCAAGGGUAAGGCCGUCCGCGAACCUUUUGCCUCUACGGUUAGGAUCCACCCGGUUGCACCCUCAGGGCUCGCUGUGCGUGCUAGCUCAUACGCUGAUGAGCUUGUCAAGACUGCGAAAACAAUUGCAUCUCCAGGCCGUGGAAUCCUGGCCAUGGACGAGUCGAAUGCCACUUGUGGAAAGCGUUUGGCCUCAAUUGGACUAGAGAACACCGAGGCUAAUCGCCAGGCGUAUAGGACUCUGCUUGUUACUGUCCCUGGCCUUGGCCAAUAUGUUUCUGGUGCCAUUCUCUUUGAGGAGACUCUCUACCAAUCUACCGUCGAUGGAAAGAAGAUGGUUGAUGUGCUUGUUGAGCAAAACAUUGUUCCCGGCAUCAAGGUUGACAAGGGUCUGGUUCCUUUGGCUGGUUCCAAUGACGAAUCUUGGUGCCAAGGCCUUGAUGGUCUUGCCUCCCGCUCUGCUGCUUACUAUCAACAGGGAGCUCGUUUUGCCAAAUGGCGUACUGUGGUGAGCAUUCCCAACGGUCCAUCUGCUCUUGCAGUAAAGGAAGCAGCCUGGGGUCUGGCACGCUAUGCUGCAAUUUCUCAGGACAAUGGGUUGGUCCCAAUUGUGGAGCCUGAGAUCUUGCUUGAUGGUGAGCAUGGGAUUGACAGGACCUUUGAAGUAGCUCAGAAGGUUUGGGCUGAGGUGUUCUAUUAUCUUGCUGUGAACAAUGUCAUGUUUGAAGGUAUCCUUCUCAAGCCCAGCAUGGUCACUCCUGGUGCAGAGUGCAAGGAUAGGGCCACACCUCAACAGGUUGCUGAUUACACUCUCAAGCUCCUCCACCGAAGAAUUCCCCCAUCUGUCCCAGGAAUUAUGUUCUUGUCCGGCGGGCAAUCCGAAGUGGAGGCAACCCUGAACUUGAAUGCAAUGAACCAAGCUCCCAACCCAUGGCACGUAUCGUUCUCCUAUGCAAGAGCCCUUCAAAAUACUUGCCUGAAGACAUGGGGAGGCACACCUGAGAAUGUGAAGGCGGCUCAGGAGGCCCUGCUUAUCCGAGCAAAAGCCAACUCUCUUGCGCAGCUUGGAAAAUACACCGGCGAGGGAGAGUCUGAGGAAGCCAAAAAAGGAAUGUUUGUGAAGGGCUAUGUUUACUAGGUUAUUACAACCAGUGGUAUAAAAGAACUCAUGUUUGAUGAGGAUAGUUCAUCAUCUUGAACGAAAAACCAUUAUGUCUGUUCUUGUAGCCCUUGGAGACUGCUUUUGUUUAUAGGAUUUUCAUGUUUUCCAGGAUGCGUGUAUACAUUACCUUUGCAAUGCAAUUGUUACCUGGGAAUUCA